CACACUUACGGCAGCAACAUGUCGUUGUUGUCGCUGGCAACAGCAGCAACACGCAGCAGAGCCAGCAGAACAUUCCAUGUUGCCAACACAUUUCAAUUGCUGGCAAUCGCUUUUUAUUGUUGCUGUCAAUUGGAGCUGCUGUUGGUUCACGGACAGCAGCAGCAGCAGCAGCAAGCGAUAUCUGGCGCACAGCAGCAACAUAAAUAUCAGCAAUUGCAGUAUCAAAUGCAGCAGCAAUAUGAAUAUCAGCAGCAACAGCACUUUCAACAGCAGUUCCAGCAGCAGCAGCAGCAGCAGCAACAGCAACAGCAACAGCAGCAAUUAGCAAUGCCCACAGCAGAACAUAUGUUACCGGAGCAGCCCAUCGACUUGCUUUCCACACAACCAACUCAGCUGCUCCAAACGGGCGUCUCUCUCAUUGUGGACGACGGCAAAUCAACGCCGGAGGCAGCUGCAGCCGUGCCUCGUCGACGUCCAGGCGGUGUAGGAGCAGGCGCUGGAGGAGGAAAACGCAAGCGACGUCCGCAACUGCCGCUGGCCACGAUGGGCGCCAACGAGGAGGAGGGCGAACCGAAUGGCGCCUAUUGGCGCGGCCAUGUGGAAGAUGCUGGAGCUGGACGUCGCAAACAGUUGCCCAUACGCGAGCCAAUGGCAGCGCUAGAAAGGGAGCGCGAACGUCAACGAUUGCGUGCAACGGAAGCGCCCAACUUAGGCGCCAGCAAAGCCUACCGCAGACCCUACGGCCAGGCCAAGAAACAAGACCAGGAGCAGCAGCAGCAGCAACAGCAACAUCCGCCAAUUGCUGCCACAAGCAGCAGCAAGACGUCUGUAGAUCUGAAGAACAUUUUGAAGAACUCGGGCGGCCUUAGCCUGAGUGAGAUAUUGCAGCAGAAGAAUCUGUCGCUCGAUGAUCUGCUCAAGGGCAAGCAAAACGCGCUGCUGGCGCUGCAGACAACAGCGGUGGCGCCAGCUGUCAGCCAGGAGGCCAAAAUCGCCGCAGCAGCUACAGCAGCCAGUCACAACAGCAACAGCAACAGCAACAAGCAUAGUGUGCGGCGCAUACCCGCUGCCUUUCUGGCGCAGGAAGAGGAGCAGCAGCAACAGCAGCUGGAGGAUUCACGAGAGGAACUGUUCAAGCCGAAGCCCAAUAAGUUGCCAGCAUUGCAGCGUUUAAAGCUAUUUGGCAGCUCAUCUCGCGAGAGCAGCAGCACUAGGCGCAUAAGCAGCAGCAGCACAGCAGCAACAACUGUUGCUGUUAGCUCGACGACAACAACAACAACACGCUUGCCGCUCUACAAAAAACGACAGCAAAUGCGUUCCACACUCAAGCCGCAUGGACUGUUUAAAGCAACUGCAAGCAGCGCAAGCCCAUCAACAACAACAACAACAGCUGAGGACGAAUUGCUGUUGCUGGAGACAACAACGACAACGGCAGCAACAGCUGCUGCAGCCGAUACAUCUGAGCAGGAAAACAGCAGCGAAUUGCUGACAGCAACACGCUAUCGCACACGCAACAGCAACAGCAACAGCAACAGCAGAGAGCAAACAAAGCGAUUGCGCGACAAUAUUAUUGGCAGCAACUAUGAUAGAAAUUCCGUGGAGGGCAUAGAAGAUGUUGAAUUGGAGUUGAACGACAACAUAGUCAGCACGGCGGCAACAUACAACAGCAGCAGCAGCAACAGUAACAACAACAACAACAGCAGCAACAACAGCAGCGAGGAACAGCAAGAGAGCAACGAUGAGCUGGAGAACUUUUUCGAUGAAGUCGAAAGCAAUACGCAUCACAUACGCUUGCCAGCGCCGACAGCAACAGCGCGACCAACCAAGCAACGCAUACGCACACAACAACAACAGCAGCAACAGCAACAACAACAGCAGCAACAACAGCCGCUGCUGCUCAUCGAUGAUGUGGACGAUCGCACAGAUCUGCUCGAAUUGAUCGAGGAUCGACGUUCGGGCAAUCGUUUGUUCAAAGUGCUCGAGCAACGGAACAUGACGCUGGAGGAGCUGAUCGAGCAUCGUAAGCGUGGCUCCAGUCAGCUGCACUUGUCCACAAUACUCAGCUCGGGCAGCGAGCAAUCGCGCUAUUAUCCUGGCCAGAAGGUGGUGCUGCAGGAUAAUAUGGAUAUUGUGACGGCGUUUGAGAAUUUUCCGCAUUUCAAUUUGAUCGAUUUGAAGAGCGUGAAACCGGAUGAGAUUAAGACGGAUUCGCAGGGCUCCAGCUAUUUCACAUCGAUUAUCGAUAUUGAGCCGACUAAUGAUAACGAUAAUGGUGAUGAUGGUGCCGGCGAUAACAUCGAUAACAAUCGCAAUCGAGGACCCGCCUAUGCCCAAACCUCCCUAUCAGCCACACCCACAGCACAGCAACAGCAGCAACAGCCGCGCGGCGAAAAGUCGCUCGGUUUCUUUCCGUCAUGGAAAACAUUGGCGCUCGCCUCGCUGUCCACGGCUCGAGCUGGCGCCACCAAUGCAGAUGAUAAACGAAAUGCGUACUAUUUGCCACCGCCACGCCUACUGCUGGACAGCAACGCAGGCAGCUCACAGGAGCAGGACGACAGCAGCAACAGCAAUAGCAUGGACAUAGAUCUAAGCGUAAAUGCAUUCGGCAGCUCGAACAGUGGAAACGUGAGCAAACUGGCGCCCAGUGAGGACAACAGCGAUGUCAUCGAUACCAUUGAGAAUGAGGUGGCGCGAGCACACGAUUUGCUUGACUUGGAGCUAUCCGGACACGGCUUCCAUCGUAGUCCCGCAGCAGCUGCGACAACAAUGUCGCAACAGCACUUGAGCAGCCUGUAUGCGAGCAUGCCAGCCGGCAUUAGAUCGGCGCUUGUGGCCAGUGCGGCCAUUGUGCUGACGUCGCUGGCAACGCUGAUGGUGAUCUUUGUGGUGUGCCGCUGGAAGCAGCAUCGCAAACGCAAGUCGAGCUACCUGAAGACCUACAAUGCGAUGAAGAGCAAGCUGCCACAAUUGGCGCAAACGGCGAAUGCUUCGCGUCGCUCAUCGCUGCGACAGCAUAUGGAGGAGCUGGUCAUCACCAGCAGCAGCAGCGGCGGCAGCAACAAUAGCGGCGAUAUCUGUCACAAGGCGCAAAAUGCUGCACUGGGCAUUGCCACAGUGUCAUGCAACACGCCCGUGCACCAUCAAUAUCAGCAACAGCCACACUCACAUCAGUUGCAGCGCCAGAGCUCGUUGCUAUUCAGCCGCGAGGGCUGUUCCGUGUCGACAGCAGCAACGUCUGCUGCUGCUGCUGCGGCUGCGGCUGCGGCUGCAACAACAGCAACAUCUGGUGCUGCGGCCGCAGCAACAACAGCAACAGCAACUGCAACAGCUGCUGGGCGUGGCGUCAAUUCGCUGGCAUUAACUCUGCGCAGCACACAUCAGAAACUUAAUACCAUGGACCCCAAUUCGCCCGAGGUGCAGGAAUAUCUUUUCGACACGUUGCGCAAAUCAUUCGAUAAUUAAUUUAGCACUAGGCUCUAGUUAAAAUACACUCACACCCUAGAGAACCUUUGAUGGUAUUCGCUCCGUUUAGGCCAAGUUUUAUAUAAACUAUAAAUAUAUAUAUAUAUAUAUAUAUACAUGAACAUUAUCUAAAU